AUGGCUUUGGAUACAUGGCUGAUCAAGAAGGUGAAGUCCGCCCUAUCCAACCGCCACGACCCCGGGGUUGCAAAGCCUAAUAUCCCGCCUGCCCGCCCCUCGCCCUCGGUGAAGCCACCGGUCCAGAAUAAGAAGCCAAACAACAACAACAACCACAAUAAUAUUAAUAAGAACGACAACGUCCUCGGCAUACUCUCCUUUGAGAUUGCCGGCCUCAUGUCUAAGCUCCUUCACCUCUGGCACUCCCUCUCCGACAAGAGCCUCAUCCGCCUCCACAAUGACUCCAUCCUCUCCCUAGAUGGGGUCCGCAAGAUCGUCUCUCCCGACGAGUCCUUCCUCCUCGGCCUAGUCUGCGCCGAGAUGGUUGAGAACCUGAGGACCGCUGCAGCCUCAGUGGCCCGCCUCAGCCUGAGCUGCGAUGACCCUGGCCUCUGCGAGUUUGCCCAGGCCUUGGAGGAGUUCGCAAACACGGGAAUGGACCGGCGCGGCUGGGCCCUAGGGCCGAAGGAGAUGGAAUCCGUGGCUAAGAAGAUGGACCGCUACGUUAAGGCCACGGCCUCUUUGCAAAGGGAGAUUCAUGAGCUCGCCGCAAUGGAGAGCAGCCUGAGGAAGGCUGUGCAGAUGAGCAGCGCGGCGGAGUCCAAUAGCAAAGUGCUUGAUCUCCGGCAGAAGAUCCUAUGGCAGAGGGAAGAGGUGAAGAGCCUUCGGGAGAGGUCCUUGUGGGCCCGCAGUUUUGACAUGGUGACGUUGAUCCUCGUGCAGUCGGUCUUCACAGCCCUCGCGAGGAUCAAGCUUGCGUUCUGCCUUGGAGGAAGGAACUACCCGUCGACGCUCCCUUGCAGCCUCUCCGCUUCCGCUGCCGUUCACCCCGGGCCUCACCAGCAUACCUGCUCCAUGUCCGGGCCGCUGAAGCCCGAGGAGGUGGAGGAAAACACUCCACCGGCUGAGGGGUUCUUCGGGAGCAACUCGAAGGUGCUGAAGCCACCAGAAAGCACACUUGGGAAUGCUGCACUGGCCCACCACUAUGCAGGGCUGAUCAUCGUGAUCGAGAAGAUGAUCAGGUCGCCGCACCUGAUCGGUCUCGACGAGAGGGAGGACCUCUACUCGAUGCUGCCAGGGAGCAUACGGUCAGCCCUCAGGAACAGGCUGAGGGGUGCAAGGAUGUGGGUGGCGGACCCGGGCCUGGCAGUGCAGUGGAGGGAGGCGAUGGGGCGGAUCCUGGGGUGGCUGUCCCCGCUAGCACAUAACACGAUCAAGUGGCAGAGCGAGAGGAGCUUCGAGCAGCAGAACUUAGUGCAGAGGAUGAAUAAGAUCAGCAAUGGCAGUAACAGUACUGUGUUUCUGCUGCAGACACUGCACUUCGCAAACAAGGAGAAGGCGGAAGCCGCCAUUACGGAGCUGCUGGUCGGGUUGAAUUACAUAUGGCGGUUCGAGAGGGAGAUGAUGGCUAAGGCCUUGUUCGAUUGUGCCAACAAACAACAUCACCUUUAA